AUGCCGAGCUGGGCCCUGGGGGCGCUGUCUGGGGUGCUGGCUGCAUCCUGGCAACCCAGGCCCCGGAUUCUGGAGCUUGGCUCGGGCACGGGCGCAGCGGGCCUCGCGGCAGCAGCUGUGGGCGCAGAAGUGGUUCUCACCGACCACUCCAACCUGUUAAACUUAAUUCAGCUCAACGCGCAGAUGAAUGCCCACUUCAUCCAAUCAGCGGGCGGAUCCGCUUCAAGCUGUGCUUUCGAUUGGGAAGAGAAGCCAGCCGAUGAGCUGCUGCAGCGCCACUUCGAUUUGGUCAUCGGCGCAGACCUUGUCUACUCCUUUGCGGCCGUGGAGCCCUUCACUGUCGCUUUGCAGGCCGUGCUGCUGCCACAAGCGGCCGAGGGAAGAACGCAAGCCUUGGCGCCGGCAAUGCUUUAUGCCCACUACCCGCGCUUUCCAGAUCUGGAUACGGCCAUGACCACAGCACUGGCAGCCAGAGGCCUUGUGCUUCAGGAACGAGCUUUGCCUCCUUGGAAAGGUGAUGUUGGCUCCAUCCCCGAAGAUGUGCUGUGCCAUGUGAAGCUCCUGGAAAUCCGACCUGGGACUCCGAGCACAUCGGGUGCUGUCUCUGAAGGCCAGCAAGACCAACACGGAGGCGGGCACGGGUGGGACUACCAUCCCAUGGACUGUGACUGUGGACAAGAGCAUGGCCAGCAAGACGCACAGCCCGGGCAUGGCGAACCGGGACAUGGAUAUGGUGGAGAUGGACACGGACAACCGACUGCGUGA